AUGGCUUCUCUAGGACCUUGGCGAGGGACCUUUGAUCCCUUCCAACUCGAUUUGUGGGACCCUUUUGAGAUGUGGGAGCCAACACCCACAAGGAGCAAGCGUGGUUCCCCUGAUGAUGUGGCAGCCUACACCCAUGUCUACGUGGACUGGCGCGAAACUGAUACUGCUCACAUCUUCAGGGUUGACCUUCCAGGUGUAAAGAAAGAGAAGGUGAAGGUGAGCAUACAAGGUAAAAAGGUGCUUCAAAUCAGUGGAGAGUGGACAAAGGAGGAAGAAGCCGCAGGAGAUACAUGGCAUCGUGCCGAGAGGAAGCGUGGUGCUUUCCGGAGGCGAUUCCGACUGCCGAAAAAUGCGGACGUCGAGCGGGUGACUUGUUCGAUGGAGAAUGGUGUCUUGACUGUGACAGUGCCCAAGAAGGAAGCUCCUCAGGCUGCUUCAAGGGCCAUUGCUAUAACAUGGAUACUGGUCAUCAAAUCCACAUUGCUCUUUGUGAAUAAUAGUUACGCCGUACUGACUGGUUCAGCAAAUCCCCACAGCUCUGUAUAA